AUGAGCAUUUCGUCGGAGCACAAGCCCCUUGGGAAGCAGGUCACGGGCAGCCUGCACACGUUGUCACCAAUCGUGGAGUUAAACGUUGGCGGAGAGAUGUACACAACAACACUGAGCACCUUAAAGAAACACCCUGGCUCCAAGCUGGCAGAGAUGUUCACCGGCCAGCCCAAACUCAGGACUGAUUCCGAAGGCAGGUUCUUCAUCGACAGGCCAGGCACCUACUUCAAAUACAUCUUGGAGUAUCUGCGUAGUAACCAAGUGCCCACCCAAUGCAUCCAAGACGUCUACAAAGAGGCGUUGUUCUACGACAUCGAACCUCUAAUCAAGCAGCUGGAGGACUCGCCACAGAUCUUCGGGGAGCUCGUGGCGAGGAAACAGUUUCUGGCCCGCGUGCCCAACUACAGCGAGAACAUCGAGCUGAUGAUCCGCAUCGCCAGGGCCGAAGCGGUCGCGUCCCGCCGGUCCGGCGUCAUCGUGUGCGUGGUCAAAACCGAGGAGGAUGCGGCCAGAUGCCAGGAUGCCUUGAACAGCUUGGACACGGAUAAAAAAUCCGUGGUGAAGUUUGGCCCCUGGAAGGCAGCACCGAGUAUUGUCGAUCUGCUGGACUGCAUCCAAAUGGAUGUCGAAGCCAAAGGGUAUAAAAUAUCCUUUCAGCCCCACGUCGCUGAAAAAGGUUUUCGCUUCAAAUCACACGAUUUCUUCUACAAAUUCCUGUUCACCUGGUGGUAG